UGGAAUCCAAGUUCCUUGGAAGACAAUAUUCAUUGAGGCAAAAAGUUGCUGAUGAGCGAGUAUAUAAAAAUGUUGUAAUCGCUAAUUGGGAAAGAACAUUUGGGAUACUCUAGAAGGAGGUAAUUGUAAGAAGCGAGGUAAGAAGUAUGCACGCAGCACAGUUUGCAAAACUGAAUUGUGACGUCACUAGUCCAGUUUGAUCAAACCAAUUUGUCACUGUUUGAUCAUGUGACAUGGGCAUUACAUGUUGCAAGAAUUGUGGCAUGGACACUUUUUUUUUAUCUUCAAGCACGCCCCUGGCCAGUUGACAGUAGAAAGAGGUCGAGAGUCGAGGUGAUAGUGUGUAUGUAGCCUGUGUAUGGAUUUAAGAAAAGAAUGUUGUCCGUUUUAUGGCAUUUUUGUGUUAAAAAUGACUUCUGAUCCAUUAUUCGUAUAAUAAUUGUCCAUCUCAUGAGAUCAAUAGCAAACUGAGGAGUGUACCUACACAUUUCAAUCUAAUCAACUUAGAAGUUCAUUCAAUGUGGAGUUAGUAAAUAUAAAUUGUAAAAGAUGGAUAAUACAAAUACAGUGUGCCCAGUGUGCACUUUAUAUCUUCGCCCAGGAAUUACGCUCAAGGCCCAUUUGACAAGUCACCCCAAGCAGAAGGUGAUCGAGGCACUCAUCAAUCUGACUAACACCAGAAGUGAUGCUGAUGAUAAGGAAGUUGCAAUUCCCAGCUCGAGCGCUGAUGCCCCACCACCUAAUCCUCAGAAUUGGAGUCAACCUGUAUCAGGAUUCAACUCGAUGCAAGGUAAUCACUCGUUUAUAUAUCAACAAUUUAUGAGCACCACAAGUCAACCCCCCUCCAAUGUCGUCAAUGUAAACCCUAUGGCACAACAAUAUAUUACGAUUCCUGCCGUCUUUAAUCCGCAAGUCAUGUGCCAACCUUAUAUGUACCACCAACAGCAGCAGGUGAUAAUGUCGGCGGGGACCUCCAUACCAUCGCCCGUAUUUAGAAAACCACAAAUUAUUGACCUUUGCAAUGAAACGGACAACACAAACUCUAACUUACAACAAGCUGAAGAUGAACAAUCGGAAAAUUCUGCAGAAGAAGCCCUCCCUGACUGUAGGGAAAAAAAUAAAAUUGAAAAAGACCUGUCCGAUGAAAACAUGUCACUAGGAACUGACGACUUGGACUCUCCAAGCCACUCUCCGAUGUCCACUUUCAACAAGGAAUCCUUAGAUAACAUGGAGAAUCCUAAACAAGAAGAGGUAGAUCUGGACCCAUCAGAAUUCCCCGUAGGAUCACCCGCCUCUAGUGAAGGCUCCGAUUAUCUCAGGGUACGGACGGAUCUUAAUAAAGCCUGUCAAACGCAACACAUAACUCAAAUGAGUAACGAGACUGAAAUUGUCGACGAGCAGGAAAGUUUGAAUGGUUUUGAUGAAGAAUCCGAAGUACAAAAUUCCAGUAUCGUGCCUUCUUUUGAGGCGAACAAUUUACAUUAUUCGUCUAAUCCGAUAAACAUUUUGCAAUCGAACGAUCAAGUAAUUGACAUGGACGGUAUGCAACUGGUGCUGUGCAAUGAUUUUAUGGGUAGCCAAUUAAUUUCUCAGGUUGAUGAUUUUGAAUGCAUUAAUAAUCGGGCGGAACAGACAGUCUUGAUGAAUAUUGGCGGAAUGGAUGGCGGUCCCUCUGAGGCAUAUGAAGAUGAAGAGGAUCAUAUGCAAGAGGAAAGUGUUUCGCGCGAAAGUACCAAUAUAAGUAUUCGGGCGGACGAACCGAUGCCUCCACGGGGAGAGUUGUCUGGUCAGGAGAGCAAUGGAGGGGCCAGCGAUAUUGCGUGGAGCCGAAUGCAUUACGAAGGCAAUUCCCCAACUUCCACCUCGUAUGAUCUUUUAGCACGUGAAACUUGGGAGGGUUCUGAUUCGUCGGAUGCAGAAGUACCUCCGCUGCAAAGUCGUGCACCGCCCCACAUGCUUUAUAAGGGUGAAACGGAUGAUACUCCCACCAUUGUCAGCGUCACGGAUCCCCCUUUGAACUUUAAGUGCCCAAUAUGCGGACUAGGAUUUAAAUGCCCUAAGGAGCGCCGCGUUCACCAAACUGAAGUUCACAGCAAAAAAGCUGAUGAAACUAAAACAACUAACAAUGCGAUCGGUUUAAAACCUAAAAAACCUGUUAAAAAAUUAAUUAUUAAACCAAAACGAACUACAGAGAUUAAAAGAGAAAAUAAUUUCGAUAAUGUUUUCACUAGUUUGUUAAGCACUGAACCGGUACCUGCUGAAACUAGUGAGCAGGUAGAAGCGGAAAGACUGCCAGAAUAUGAUGUGGACGACAAAAAAGACGUGAAGCUGUCCGCGCUCGGAAUUGAGAUGGGUUUGGGUGAACCUCGCCAAAAGAAAACAAAAGCCUCUUUCAGGUGUGAUACGUGUGGUGAAGUCGCAAAGAAUGAGGCGUCAUACAAUGAACACUUGCGGAUUCAUCCCUUAGAGUGCAAUUUAUGCGGAAAAUACUUUUAUAGGAGACCCAAUUUACAACUGCACGUCAAGCGUCAUCUGGGCAUCAAGCCAUACUCGUGCGAAUUUUGUCAGAAGUCAUUUUUAACCAAGCAAAAAUUAGACGAACACAAAAACAUCCACACAGGCGAUGCUCCGAUAAAAUGCAAUAUGUGCGAAGAGACUUUCAGGAGACACUCGAAUUUAGUGCAGCAUCGCAACCGUCAUCAUUUGAAUAUAAAGCGAAAGGUUAAAGAUUACAUCUGCUACUGUGGCGAAAUCUUACAUUCGAAGAAGAAAUUGGCUUGGCACAAGGAGAUUCACGAUGCUAAGCCAAAGGCGUGCGCGCACUGUAGUGAAAAGUUUGUGCAUAUGGCGAGUUUGACUAGACACAUGCGUCACGCUCAUAAUGAACGUUUCGUACCCGAGGAAGAUCGAAGUAGUGAGAACGUCGAGUGUCCCAUUUGUAAGGGGGUUUAUCUAAAAUCAUCGUUAGAGGUGCAUAUACGUAACCACAGUGGCCAAAGGCCAUUCACCUGUACUGUCUGCAAUAAAGAUUUUACCACCAAGUGGAAUUUGAAGCUGCACAAGUGGACACACGCCGCACGUGCGGCCAAACCGUACAAAUGUGAUUUGUGCAAAGGCGCUUUUAUUAGGGAGACGGAUUUCAUAGCACACAUGAAUUCGCAUAAAAGCGUACGUCCGUACACUUGCAAUCAUUGCGGCGCGCAGUUUAUAAGAAAGUACAACUGCCAAAGGCACGUCAAAGAGCACGAAAAGGCUAAAACUUUUGCGUGCCAAGUCUGUGGUAAGAGUUUUCAUCGGUCAUACUACCUCAAAGAUCAUAUGCGGGUUCAUAGUGGUGUAAGGCCGUUUUCUUGUCAUGUUUGUGGAAAAACGUCUACGACAAAAUCGAACCACAACAAACACGUGAUGAUACAUCACGCAAAAGAGCCUGUUAGUACAGAAAAUUAAUAUUUAAACUUUUUAUUUUUUAAGCGUGUAGUUUUAUCGUUUUUAAGUUUUUGUUAUUUAGUCAAGAGCGAAACAAAAGAAAAUAUGUCAGAUUGAUUUGCAAAAUUAACCAAAGAUCAUAGACUCCAAUUUUAAAUACAAUGUCAUAUUUCGUUUUAAUUGAAUUUUACAAUUGAAGAAUUUUAGUUUUUAAAUAAAUAUUAAUUGAAACUUAUACAGCAAUGAGUAGUUAGUAACUAUUGGUUUUAACGUGUGUAUAUACGUUUUACUACUUUUAGAUUAUCAUUCAUUCUUGUUAAAUAAUUUGAAAGAUUCUUUUAGUUGUAUUAUAGUUUUAUUAAUAAAAACAGCGUUCUGUUUUUUA